AUGGCUUCUCAUAAAUCUUGCCGACAUACUUGUUCUGAUGAUCUAACAUCGAAAGAAAAUCUUGAUAAAUUCUAUGAAGAACAUAUUAAAUUUUUACUAAGAGAAAAGAAGCGAUUAGAAAAAUUUUUCAGAGAGAAUGGAAUAAGUGGAGAAAACUUAGAAAUCAAAUUGAGAGAGUUGGAAAGGAUCAUAGAAGAAAGAAUUCAACUUAGAGAAAACAUACAAUAUCUUAAAUUAACCCAAGGCAUUGCAUAUAAUUUGAUAAAUGAGCUUCACGCUAAAAAAAGAAACCUCCAAGAAGAAAUCCGACAACUUGAACAAGAGAAUUAA